GACCACUCUGCCCUCGUCUUGCCGCUGCUUACCGUCAUCUCUCCUCGUUGAGAACGUGGCCGAGGCAAGUCGGAUAAAGACGCUGAGUUAGGUCUUCGUCCGUAGGGCCCGAAUCCCUUCUUACCACUGCGUGAGAGAAAGAACGAAGAGGGGGCGAAGCAGAGGGUACUCCUUCAUCCCAAGCCUAGAACCCAGCAAUGGCGUCGCUGUUGGAUCGUCGCGCGCUCCCCUUACUCUUCUUGUUGGUCGCCUGUGCCGUCGCCACUGAUGUCCACUACUGCAAAAAGGGUGCUGAUUAUCCUGUCAAAGUUAGUGGAGUUGACAUGUCUCCAAAUCCCAUUGCACGAGGCAAGCCAGCGACAUUCAAUAUUUCAGCAACUACCGGAGAUCAGAUAUCGGAAGGGAAGUUGGUAAUUGAUGUCGAUUACUUUUUCUUCCAUGUUCACCAUGAUGUUUAUGAUCUUUGUGAGGAGACAUCAUGCCCAGUCUACGUUGGUGAUUUUGUGUUAUCCCAUCAGCAGACUUUACCAUCAUAUACCCCUCCGGGAUCGUACACACUUACAAUGCGGAUGACUGGAGAAGAUGGGCAGCAACUGACUUGCAUCACCUUCGGUUUCAGCAUUGGAUUCGUACCUGUUGCCGACAACUAGAAAAAGUCAUGUAUUAUCGCCUGUAAUAAUAUGAACUUACUUAUCACAAGCCAUCUGUGCUUCCUUUGUGAGAUCAUAUCGUAAAACCUCUGCGUGUUAUCGCCACGUUACAACGACGAGCAUCAUAUAUGCUGUAUGUUUUCUGUAGACUAAUAUAUGGAAUGGUUUGGUCAGUUUAA